AUGGCCUGGGGGUUCUCCUUGUGGUGCCUUUUGUGGAGAUUGCUGGCACUCGAUGUGGGGGUGCACGGCCAGACGGAGAUUCAAGAUACCUUCUGCAAUGGCCGAGGCAUAAUAAAUUCAAACCUGACCUGCUCGUGUUUCAGUGGAUUCCGUGGACCGGACUGCUCUUUGAAACGCUGUCCGGUGGGGAGAGCUUGGACCGACUUCCCGUCUGCGGAGAACGUGGCGCACGCGGACGGUGUCGAGUGCUCAAACAUGGGGAAUUGCAACCGAAUAACUGGCCUUUGCGAGUGUCGUACAGGGUUCGCCGGUCAGGCGUGCGAUCGAUUGGAGUGCCCAUCAAGUUGUUCCGGGCAUGGGAAGUGCCUGUCGAUGUCCGAGGCAGCCUCGGAGUGGGAUGGGAGAGUCCUCGUUAGGCCGAAUGUCGUGUACACGUCGGUGUGGGACGCGGACGUCUUGCACGGCUGCGUCUGCGACCCGGGGUGGAUGGGCCACGACUGCAGCCAGCUGGAGUGUCCGAGGGGAGACGACCCGUUCACGACGGGACAGCAAAACGAGGUGAUGCGCAUCGUCUGCGAAGCGGAUUCGGGGAGCUUCGUCUUCUCCUUCAGGGGUGUCACCAGCUCGGACAUCCCCUUCAACGCCUCCUACGGGUACGUCGAAGAGCUUUUGGAGGCGAUGGACACCGUCACCGAUGUGCAAGUCUCUAUGACCGACGGCGGCGGUGGAGCGGUUUGCGGGCAGGGCGAAGAGGUCAUCACCGAGGUCGAGUUCUUGCAAGACUUCGGGAGCCUCCCGGCAGCGCUAGUCAGCUCUAGCAACACGGACAGCCUUACCCUGGCCGGGGGAGACGCCAGCCUCGCCCUUGCGACGGUUUCGGAAGUCGUCUGCCCGGCCUGCCCGUCGUGCACCGGCGGGAUCUACGUGAUCUACGAUGACGAGACGACGUCCCUGAUCUCCCACGACGCGGACGAGUCCGACGUCCAAGAAGCCCUCGUUAGCCUGGACACGCUCGGCUCCGCGUCUGUCUACGGAGAUAUAUUCUCGGUGAACGUCUCCAUGGAAGGCGGCACGUCCCUCUGCGACUCCGGGAGCGAGGUGACCACCACCAUCGAGGCCCGCUGCGCGUACGGGAACCUGCCGAGCCUCACGUUCAUCGGGUCCGUCCGAGACGCAGACGGGCUGCCCGUAGCCGUGACGUUCUCCGACGGCAAGGGCGACAAGGAGAACGAGUUCUGCGCCAACCACGGGGUGUGCGACCACUCCACGGGCGCCUGCCUGUGCGACCGCAACACGACCAACUUUCCGCUGGACUGGUACUGGUGGGAAAGCAGCGACGGCUACGGGGGGCCCGGCGGGCGCCCGGACUGCGGGUACCAGCGGGUGGAGGCGUCCACGAACACGACGCAGUCGUGCCCCGUGGCGGUGGUUUUCGACGACGAAACCAUGCCGACGUACGAAUCCUUCGACGAGGUGACGUGUGCGGGAAAAGGAGCAUGCAACAACGCUACGGGGGGCUGCAUCUGCCAUCCAGACUUUUACGGUGGCGAUUGCAGCAUACGGAAAUGCCCGACGGGAAAGGUGGCGUGGUUCGAUGAGGCUCGCGCGGACAACGCCGCCCACUCCUACGGUGCCGAGUGCGGAGCGAUGGGCAACUGCAACCACGCCACGGGGGAGUGCGUGUGCCGGGAGGGCUGGACGGGGGCCGCCUGCGGGCGGCUAGGGUGCGACGCAGACUGCAACGGCAACGGGCGGUGCCUGCCCAUGUUCCGCCUCGCCCAGCUGCGGGAGGACAACGGAGAGCCGGACCCGACUGUGUACGGGAGCACGGACCUCGUCCGACCCUUCGGGACGAGCGUCUACGCGAGCCCGGAGACUUGGGACUUCGACAUGAUGUACGGGUGCCUGUGCGACAGCGGCGGGAGGAGCGGGGACGGGGACACGGACGGGUUCCUUGGGGGCGCGUACCGGCCGAGGGUAGGGGCGCGGGCGUUCGUGUCUGGGUUGUACACGGAUAACUCCAAGCUCCCGGGGUGGGGCGGGUACGCCUGCACCCUGAGGACAUGUCCGACCGGGGAUGAUCCACGAACAACUCCCGGGGAGUUCGAGGUGCAGACGGUGGCGUGUACGCUAAGCUCCGGCUCGUUCACGAUAACCUUCCGCGAUGCUACAACGGAGGCCAUUGCUUUCGACGCUACGACGGCGGAGGUUACCUUCUUGACGGAGCUCGGAGGCUUGCCCUCCCUGUACACAUCUCCCACCUUCGAGGUUGAUAUCACGGAAGCCGGUAGCAAGGAAAACUUUGAGUGCGGCGGCCGUGGUGUUUGCGAUUUCGAUACGGGGCUGUGUACGUGCCUUGAUGGCUGGGCGUCCAGCGACGGCAACGGGAGCACGGGGGACAGGGGCGACUGCGGAUACCACCACGAGUUCUGCACCGACGAGACUCAGGUCAAGCUCACCGUGGACGAGACAUUCGCGCUCCUUCAAGCUGGCGCGGAGUGA